GUGUUGGAGGAGGAACUGCAGACCGGCAACGGCAAAGGCAGGGACAAAUGGCAGCGUCCCCAAAGCAAAGGCAACUCUCGUUCCGGCGAGGGGAACUGGGGAGGAGGAUGGGGCCGGGAUCACCAGCCCGCAGCUCCGCGCCGGUAUCAGCAGCAAAGCCGCCAGUGGAACCGGGACAGGGACUGGGACCAGGACGAUCGGGAGGAGCGGCCUCUGGAUCGGGCGACGGAGAAGAAGCUCUUCUCCUUGUGUCUGUCAAUGAGCAGGUUGAUGAUGAGGCACGAAGAUCAGUUGUCCAUCAACCGGGCGCAGGACAACUACGUCAUGUUUGCCCAGACUCAGGGAGUGUUAUCGGCCGUCCCGGAGCUCUUCAAGGCGACAGAGGCCUGGCGCCAGAUGAAGAAGGACCAGCCGGAGCUGCUCACCCUUCCCCUCAGGACUUGGAUGCUGAAGCACUGGGUGGACUUGAUGCUGACAAGGAUGGAAGCUGUGAUGCAGUCCGAGCGCUCCAUCCAGCAGGCGAAGGAAAUGCUCGUCCUGGACGAGUCCUGCAACGUUCCAUACCUGGAAUGGGAUGCCUCAGCACGCCAGUUGCGGGUGAAACGGGACAGGGACCCCAUGACCCUCUCCCAGGUCCUCGAGCUCUUGAAACAGAUGCAGGUCCUAGUCUUGCA